CCGACAACCUACGUGACAACACUCGCGCUUUUUUCUCCUCGCCGUUCCGUAAAUUGUGCGUGUGCAGUGCGUCCCAGUGCGAGUCGCCCGCCGCGUCGACCGCCCGCCGCUGACGCCGAAGCCGCGACGCCGACGCCUCCUCGCCGCAUCACGCCGUCCACCUAAGUGUUGUGCUUGCUCUAUCUUUCUCUGUUUUUGUGUUCUCUCUCCAUUUUUUUAAAAAAAAUUGUCGCCGCGUGUGGCCGUAGCGGCGUCGCUGCCUGCUCGCUGCAAACCUUUUCGUUAACGCCUCUGUGGCCCGCUCGAACGUGUGCGAUUCACCGGCGUCCCUUUUAUAUAGCGCUUUUUGUUUCCUCCGCACACCCCGACCGUACCUCCUCGGCUAAUGUGCGGCACGAAAACACAAAAAAUCUUUCUGCCGAGUUUUCUAGACUGACUUUCCUCGGUACAAGCAGGCAGGGAUUUAAAGGUACUGUACAAUUGGUUAACGAAAAGGUUUUCCUGGAGCUGUGGGUGAUGUGACUUCGCUGACGGUAUCGUGGUCGGCGCGAGGUGGAGCGGACCACGGCAUCGCUCUCGUCAGUCCCGUACGUAGCAGUUGUCACACGCAGCAGCCUAGCGCCGCCCCCGCGCGCUGGAGACGAGGGUUUCAAAGCGCCGCGCGGUGUCACUAACCCCGCACCCGUCGGGGUUCCUCGGAAUUUUGACGGCGUGACGAGAAAUUGCGAAACGACUUCCUGCCGAGUUGCGGCCCGCAUGCUGACGUCACCGCCUCUCUUUCUCCGUCUCUCUCGCGCGAACUUGACGUGCAGCCGGCUCCAGUAUUGUUGUUGCCGAGCAAACUGGCAUUAAGGUGGCGGUCGCUGUUCCUUAUCGGACGAUCUCCCGCAACGCGGAACACGACACGCAGGAAGCUUCGCAGCCCGACGCCUCAGUGCUGACAUCACCGAUCCGGGCCAAUGACAUCGCAGGGAACGCCCGUUUUCUCACGAGGUACCGAACAGGAUUCAUUCUCUGCCCGUUGACGAAAUAUUUUAGUGCAUUGUGCAACGCGCGCCGCUUUUGAGACGGGAAUACUGAAUACAGCUGAGAGAUUCGCACAUGGUCGCCGUAGCCGGAGAGAAAAGCCACUCUUUUCCCACGUGCGAAACGGUGGCAGGUAAAAAAUACUGUCCAACCUGCAACUUCCCUUCGCUAUGACAUCUCUCUACAGCGAAUUAUUAAGCAGCUGUCAUUAAUCUAAUCCCUCUUUGUGGACUGGCAGUUGUGGAAACCUUUCCUUGCCGCGGCAAUGGAAUUUUGUUUUCAUAGCCCUGUCGCCGGCAGCUAGGUUUACCACUAUAUUUUUAUUGCCAGAAAAUUGCGUGAGCCCUUGUAUAAAUCAUAACAUACAAGGAUAAAUUGUGAUUUAGGACACGUGCCACUAAUUCGGACGCUUUAAAACCUUUUGUCUCCUAGCAACAUUCCCAGAUACAUUGUUGUCCUCUGCUUUCUUUUUUUUUAAUUUUCUCGCAUUUCUCAUUUGUAGUUUGAGUGAAAACGUGUCAUCUGCCACUUGGUUGCAGAUGACUAGUUCAGAGUUAGGCAAUGGCGUCAGGUGCAAGCGUGCUGGUGCCGCGCGCCGAGCAGCGCCGCCUAGCCGUCCCGCUUCGCUCCCGUGAGCACUUUUGCGAGGUCCGCUCUCGAGCGUCGCGUUUUAGAGAAACGCGUGGGCGUGCGUGUCGGCCCGCGAGCAGAAGCGAAGGCUGGCGGGCUGCUCGGCGCGCACGCGGACGCGGCCACGGGCGUCUGUAGCGGCGUGCGUGUCUUGCAGGCGUAGCGUAGCGGGCAGCAUGACAUGGACGAGCUGGACGCUCUGCUGUGCGCGCGCCCCUGGGGCCCGGCCGCAGACAGCACCAGCCCGCCGCCCCCACCUCCGCCCCCGCCGCCCCCGACGCUCUCCGCCGCCCCCGGCGCCGCCCCCGGACCGGGCUCUGCUGGUGACAAGCGCCAGGCCGCCAACUCUAUCAGAGCGCAAAUCGAGAUCAUCCCGUGCAAGGUGUGCGGAGACAAGAGCAGCGGCGUGCACUAUGGGGUGAUCACGUGCGAAGGCUGUAAGGGCUUCUUUCGGCGGUCGCAGAGCUCCGUCGUCAACUACCAGUGCCCCCGCAACAAGAACUGCGUCGUCGACCGCGUCAACCGCAACCGCUGCCAGUACUGCCGCCUCCAGAAAUGUCUUCGCCUUGGCAUGUCCAGGGAUGCGGUGAAAUUUGGGCGCAUGUCGAAGAAGCAGCGCGAGAAGGUGGAGGACGAGGUGCGCUUCCACCGCGCGCAGCUGCGUGCGCAGACGGAGACGGCACCAGACAGCUCUGUCUUUGACCAGCAGACGCCUUCCUCUUCCGACCAGCUGCAGUCUGCCUACAAUGGCAGUUAUUCAUAUAACAAUGAUCUAAGCAGCUACACACCUGCAGCAAGCUACACUUAUACGCCAGCACCAGUACAGGCAAUGACAUAUGAUAUCAGUGCAGACUAUGUUGACAGCACGACUGCGUAUGAUCCUCGCCCAGGCACACAAAGUCUUGAGCUAGCAACUGAUAGUGGAAUUGUGGCUAGUGUUAGCACAGAUCCUGCCCAGAUCUCAGAGUUGCUAAGCAAGACGAUAGCAGAUGCACAUGCGAGAACAUGUUUAUACACUAUAGAACAUAUCCAUGAAAUGUUCCGAAAGCCACAGGAUAUGUCAAAAAUAAUGUAUUACAAAAACAUGGCACAUGAGGAACUGUGGCUAGAGUGUGCUCAGAAAUUAACAACAGUUAUUCAGCAAAUCAUUGAAUUUGCAAAAAUGGUGCCUGGUUUUAUGAAACUCUCACAGGAUGAUCAAAUUGUGCUUCUUAAAGCAGGUAGUUUUGAGCUUGCUGUGUUACGGAUGAGUCGAUAUUAUGAUCUAAGUCAAAAUAGUGUACUCUAUUCUGACACAAUGCUGCCACAAGAUGCCUUCUAUACUAAUGAGACUGCUGAAAUGAAGCUGGUGACGUGUGUGUUUGAAUUUGCAAAAAGUGUAGCUGAACUGAAGUUAACAGAAACAGAACUGGCAUUAUAUUCAGCAUGCAUUCUGCUUUCAACAGAUCGCCCAGGCCUUAAAGGUUUGGCUGAAAUUAGCCGACUGAGUCAAGCAGUGUUGAGAGCAUUGCGCUUAGAGUUGGAUCGGAAUCAUGCUGUGCCCAUCAAGGGAGAUGUCACUGUCUGUGAUGCUAUGCUCGCCAAGAUAGCCACACUCAGGGAAUUAAGCAUGUUGCAUAUGGAUGCACUCGCCAAAUUCAAGAGAUCUACACCACAUCUUGAGUUUCCAGCUUUACAUAAGGAACUCUUUUCUGUUGACAGCUGAGUUCACUGCAACAGAAGCUCAGCUAAGGUAACCUUCCAGACCCUUUUUCAUCACCUGCAGCUGUCAGCAGCUAUGGAGAAGCAGUCUUUCCACUCCCGUUAUUGUCACGGGGACCCUCUUGUUAUUUACAAUGAGUUCAACUGAUGAAUAAAAGACAUCAUUAUCUGUGGGGAGUAUGUUACUGCAGUGAUUCUUUUGCAACAAAGGAGACUUUCUGAGUGUUCAAAAAUAGGUGAAUGGCAUUGAAAUGUCACAUUUAUUUUUAAAAUUAUGGCUCAAGGGUGAGUGUUUUGUGUUAUUUGCUGUGUUGGUCCAGACGUGCUUAAUGAGCAAUGAUGUGGAAUAUAAGGAUAAAGCAAUGUUAGAGUUUUGCUUAAAACAGACUUUUAAUAUGUGGAAUUGCAAUGCUGAAAGGAUUUAUUUACACAGAACUUGAGACAUUUAGGUCCACUCCUUUUUUUUCAAUUUCUGUGUUUAUUUUCACAUAGCAUGUAUGCCAAAAUGCUUUGCAGUGGUUAUGUACAGUGACUAGUUAAUGAUCAAGAUGUGUUUGGUUUUUUAUAUCUUUCUAGAAAACAGGAAGUUUGUGUACCACAAAGACAUAAAAAAAAUCAAAAUUUUUGAAUUUUUUAUUGGACUUACAAUGUAGUACAUGAACUGUAGCUAUGUCUCUUUUAUUUUAAAGAAAUUUAUUCUUAGCUUUUAAUAUCUGAAUUUGUAUUGUUGCAGCAUACUAAAAGUGUGGAAAUAUUAAAAUACUGAUAUUAAUAUAAUGUGGUAAUAUGUAUAUACAUAUAUCUAUAUAUAUCUCUCUCUCUAUAGCAGCAUAUGUAAAAAGAUUCUGUAAUUUGGGUAUUAUGUUACAUACAAGGUCAGAAACACAACAGGUAAUGAUGAGCAUUAACACUGAUACAAAGUUAGAUAAAGAUGAGGGGAAAAUGCAUAUGCUAUGGUUAAGGGAAAAUAUUGCCUUAUUAAUAAUUACAAUAUACUUAAAUAAAGAUAGUUUGUACUGUUCAUUAGUGUUAUGCACAGAUUUUGUAAAAAAAAAUGAGGUUUCAUUUACUUGUACAAUUGCUGUGGCAAGAACUGGUACAGUUAUUCUAUUCCUACUAACUCCUUAUUGAUUUUUGGCACACAAAAUGUUUGUACUCAUAUUUAUCAGAUUUCAUAUACCCAUGAGAGAAUGUUAAAGGUAGAAUAUAUUCUGUUAUGGAAGAGAGUCAUUUUAAUUUCUGUAAGAAAGUAAGAGCUUCAAAUGCAUAUUUGACUGGGAUGUUUCAACACCUUUCCAACAUUUGCCAUUCUAAUUUCAGUUAUUGUGUUCAAUGUUGUACAUAGAUAUAUAUAUACAUAAAUACAGAUAAUUAAGAUUGGUUAAUUGCUAGACAAUAUGACAGUAGAGUUUAUUUAUUUUUUAUAGUUUAUGUACUUUAAAGACUUCUCCACCAGAUGGGAAACAAUUCCUCACUUAUAAUGUUUUGCACAACAAUGCCUUGAAAUUUCUGCAGUUUUGUAAUGUUGGCUGGUUAGUAACACACUGUUUGUUUAAAGAGAUGACAAAUGCACAUACAUAGUGUUGCUGCUAAAGUGGAAUAACACUUGCUAUAGGCUUCUGCAUACUGAGCAACACACACAUUAGUUCUGUUUUAAAACCAGCUGAUUGAAAUAAUUACAUGAAUUAAUUCUGUCUACAAAAAUUAAAUAAUGUAGUUGUAAUUACUAAAUUAAAUUAAUAUAAGCUAUAUCAGGUAAAGUAUAAAUAAAUUUUUCAUUUGUUAUGGUACUGUCUUUUACAUUUUGUUGUGUUCAAAUGUGUUUUUUCAAAAUAUUGUGGUUUUACAAAGCAUCUGAAAUAACAUUUAGGAUUUGUAAAAUAUUUCUAACAAUGUUUCAGGUCUUAAGUCUCAGACAUCUGGUAUCUGCAUAAGAAAUAUUAACAUGACACUUCUGUUUGUCACACUUUCUUUUUGGCUGUGAAACUGGCAUUAUUCUCCUUACCUCUUGCCUGUUAAGUACAACUGACUUUGCUGCCUCUUGUUACAUCUAAUGUUUGGAUAUAAUGAGAAUUUUCAACAUCAACUUAUCAGUUAUGACAUCUCCUCUCUGUCUUCUUUAGGACAAAAUUUGCCUGUUAUUUAUGACCUGUAGGUAUUACAAUGUUCCUUACUAAAUAUUAAAAAAAAGCACUUCCAAUAAUUCUAUAUCUGCAGCCCACAAAAACAGUGUUGUUAACUCAGAUGUAGCUGAAUUAGUGUCAUUUCAUACAUUUUUUACAGAUACACUAACAUCCAAACUCAAUUGUAAGAUUCACACAAAACAUGUAAUUUAUGAUAUUUGUAUUACCAGCUUAUAUAAAAGUUGAUUUACCACCAGUGACAACAACAUUCUGCAAUCAAAACAGGAAAUCUCAUACACAUGAAAUUAGUCUCCUAAAAGAAAGCCAAGCUUCAUAUAGCAAUAUGUAACACAACAGUUGUACAGGAAGAUAAUUUGUGAUAGCUCAGUGACUCAUUACAGCAAAACAAAAACAAAUAAUACUUUAACACCUCAGUGCCUGUGCCUGGAAUCUGACUACAGUAAUCACUGUCAAUUAACAGGGUUAUUACUGAUCUCAACAUUAUAAAAUUUUCUGUAUUAAUUAAAAUUCAGUAUGAUAAUAUUUCACUGAUUAUUGUACAUCUUAUCAUAUUAAAGAAGCCUUAAAAUUGGUAAUAUUUGAAACACCAAGAAAAACUCCUUCCAUAAUGGGAAAAAAAAAAAAAAAAUGCGCCCAGCAUAGUGAUGUGUUUUUAAAUUUCACUUGAUCAUAAUGCAACACUUAAAGAUUUUUUACUAAAGAGGAAGGGGUUUUAGAUGGAAAUGAGCCCCCAGACAAUAGAAUCAUAAUGGAAGUUAGUUCAUAAAUUGAAUAAAUUAUCACCUCAAACAAUAUGAAUGAAAGUAUUAUGAUAAGAGUAAGACUGAAUCUUACCAUUAUUUCAGUUUUCCUUGAGACAGGAGAUGUCACAUAGCUGAUACUGUUUCGACCACUGCCAUGACGGUACUUAUCACAACUGUUCUUGUUAGUAUUCUGCACUUUUAUGGUUCUUUAUCAUUGCUUGACAGGUAUCAUUACAUGCAAAUAACUCCUGGUGUAAAAUUUCGACCAUAUUUUUCAUUGUCCAGCAGUUCACUUUUUUGUGACAAGAGUUCUGAAGUGCCACUUAAAGACUAGAUGUUAUAAAGAGAAAUAAAACCAUGUUGUGUAUUUGUUUUAUAUCAUUUCAACAAGAUUCAUUCAGUAAAGUGUAUUGAAAAAUUAUAGUUUUUGCAAACAACCAAGCCACAUUUUCUUAAAUAUUUCCUGUAUAAUUGAUAAUAUAUUAAUUUAUUUUUAAACCAAAAACGCAAUUCUGUCUUCUGCAAUAUAUAGUAAGCAACAGUACAGUUCAAUGCACACAUGUACUGUAUGACCAGUCUGGUAGAUAAUUAUUUUUGUGUACCAUAAUUUGAUGAUUCAUCUUCUUCUGAAGUUAUUUGUAGUAAAAGCAACAUUAAACACUCAUGCAACAGACACUGGACAACAGACAUAAUUGAAAAAGAACAAUGUAUGGGCGGUUUGUAAGUUAAUAAAUAGGUGUUCGAUCAUUGAUUAGAGUCAUAGGUACAAAAUGCACAUAAUUAUGCAUACUUCUGAAGCUUUGUUGGAGUUGGGAUACUACACUGUAUCAUGGUAUUUGCCAUUUCUCUGCUGAUACUGAGAUCCCUGAGUUCCAGCUCAUGAAAAAGAGCAAAUUGUAAGAGAACAGAAAUCACAAAUUUCAUUUCAAGAACAGAAAGACACAUUAUUUGAACAGUGUUAUGUUGAUUUGAAGGACCUUAUAUUUCACAUUAAAAAUUACAAAAUUACUUGUAAAUUAAAGACAGAUCAUCAUUAUUAACUGAUAGAACUGUUUUCACUGAAAUUACAAAUGAAAAGUUUAUUCUACUUUUGAGAAAAACUACAUUUUCCUUACUGUGAAAUGAAAUGUAAUUUCUGUGUUUGUUAAAAUGCUGUAAAAUUUUAUACCAGAGACAAAUGUGUAGAGCUUAAUAUAAACUAUCCAGCCAACUUAUUUAUUCGUGAUCAUUGUUAAAUGUUACUGUUAGAAUUUAAUUAGAAUAUGUAGCUUGUUAAAAUUACAGAAGAUUAAGAUGAAGGUUGUUAUUCUAUAACAGUUAAAACACAAAUGUAAAAAUAUAACUUGCCUUAUGACAUAUAUAUUGAAGAAGAUGGUAAUGCUGAUGAAAUAUACAUUUUUAUAAAAUUAUUGUGAUAUAUUAUUUCAGAAGCAAAGCCAUACAUAAAAAAAAUAUUUUGCAGGGUGGGGACGAUAUUGUAUUACAAAUGUAAGGGAUAUUAGUGGAAAAAAUUAUUCCUGACUGCUGGGCAACUGUUAAUGGAUAUGAAGUCAUAAAGAAAUAAAAGUAUAAGUUGCUGACAGUAAAGUGCUGAAUGUCUUGUUAAAGCUAAAUAUUUCGAUGAUUGUUAUAUUUCAUAUAAAAUAAUUUUAUAAAAAAAGCUGAUAUUAUUCAUUAUCAGACUGUAGUUACACAUAUAUUAUAAAUAUUUUCAUAGCUAUGUAUUUUAAAGCACUUGAAAGCUUUAACAGUUCCCACCCUCUUUGAAAAUUGGUUUAUACUUGUUGCUGCAUUCCUGUGUUUCAUCAAUACUGAGCACUGAUAUCACAACUUCAGUCAUCAUACUUCACUCAUUUUUGUUCUUAUUCCACUUCAACAGCAUGUUUAAUAUUGCUCUGUAUUCAUAUUUACAGAAAAUUCAGUCGAUAACAGCCUACAUCAGAUAAGUGAUUUUGUCCGAAAACUCCCUUGGAAGAAACUGUUUCAUUGGUAAUAACAAUGGUUCAGCAAAAUGUGGCAUACCUAUAUGUGGAACUUUAUUUCUAAGUAAACUGCAGUGUUAUCCAUUUUAUAUCAAAGAUAUAAAUGAAUAAUAUGUAUACAGACGUCAGCAGUCACUUUCUACACCUGAAAAUGUAGAGACUUGUUUUAACUAUUGUGUACUUCAUGUUUUUGUUUUAGCCUAAAAUAUACAGUUACUGAUAUGAAUUAUUUAAGAAGGCUACAUAAAGAGUGUGUUUAUUGUAAAUGUAACUAAAGUAUUGAAGAAAUGUAAAAUAUUUUGUAAAGAACGUUAUUCUCUCAGUAUAAAUUUUAAGAAUUCAGUUGACAAAUCUUUAACUGUGUAUGUACCUUCAGAGUUACUUUCUGUCUCUUACAUGUUUCUCCUCUGUAUAUGUAUAAUUAAUGUCAAUAUAUGGUUUAUGUUACACAUUUGAAAAUUUAUUAAAUCAGUUUUAUGUUUUUUGUGUUGCAUUAAAUCUCAGACCUUAAACAAUGAUGCUUCAGCAUUAAGAAAAGCAAAAAAUCAAACCAUGUCGGGAAACUUAAAUUUAUGACAAACAUGGCUCAUGUCAUUUUUAAUUAUCUAGACUUCUACGAGGCAGGUGAAUGAGUGUAAUAGCAAAGUUUUUCUUAUAGAAAGUCUGAUUUAUACAUUUAAAACUAUCUAAAAGAAGAGAGUUUUCAUACAGUUAAUAAAUUUACAUUGUGGUGAUGGAAAUGUUUGAGAGAGAGAGAGAGAGAGAGAGAGAGAGAGAGUGAGUGAGAGAGAGAGAGAGGAAAA